AAGAAACUUCCACUCAACGGCUUUAGCAGACAAGAAAAUUCAAAGUCUUUUCAGUCAACGAUUGUUACAUUAUCAAAUUCCAGACCAUCUUCCAUCUCAUUUCCUUGAAAACCAUGGCAGGCACCGAAGAACAUCAACAGCACAUGAUGAUGGAGGUUGAAGAAGGAUGGGCAGUGAUUCAACAAGGAAUCGACAAACUGAUUCAGAUCAUAGAAGGCGACAAGACCCAAAGUUUUUCAUCCCAAGAGUACAUGAACAUCUACACAACUGUGUACAACAUGUGUAAUCCUAACCCUACUGGUGGAAUGUGUGAGGUAUUAUAUGAGAAGUAUAACGAUGUUUUCAAAGAUUACAUCAACAGCCAGGUUUUGCCAUCACUGCAAGGGAAAGAAGAUGAAGCUUUGGUGAAAGAGACAGUAAAAAGAUGGUCAAAUCACAAAGUUAUGACCAGAUGGCUCGUUAGAUUCUUUCACUAUUUGGAUAGAUACUUUGCUCCUAAAAGGAAGCUUCCUACUCUCCAAGACUCUGCUCUUUUAUCGUUCUAUAAUCUGGUAUUUGGAGAAUUCAAUAAUCAAAUCAGAGAUGUUGUAUUGUCCAUGAUCAAUCAGGAGCGGGAAGGAGAAGGCAUUGAUCAAACCUUGGUGAAGAACAUUGUAGGUAUCUAUGUAGAUGUUGGGCAAGGCUCGAUGAAAUACUAUGAACGAGACUUUGAAGAAGCCAUGCUUAAAGCUACUGCUGCAUUUUAUUCCACCAAGGCCGCUAACUGGAUCAAAAAUGGAUCUUACAACGAUUACAUGCUUAAGGUUGAAUGCUACUUGAAACAUGAAAGAGAGACAGUUUCUUGUUAUUUGCAGAAUACGAGCCAAAAGAAGUUACUUGAGAUUGUUGAAUAUGAAUUGAUAUCUGUUUAUGAAAAUGAAAUGAAAGAGAAGAAACAGGCUGAUGAAUCUCCUGAAGGAUGAGAAGCAACAUGAUCCAUGUUUGAGAGAACGGGCUUUCUUGUUAAUCUUUACUUCAAUGUUAAAUUUAAUUUCUUGUUUGGUUGCUGAGAAAAUGUUGCUAGUGUUUCAAGUCACAACUUUGUUGCUUAAAGUUAUGAUUUUUUUUGGCAAAUUCUGACACUUAGGGUUUUGUUAAUUAGGAUAUUUUGUAGCUUUGGUAGU